UUAAAACAUGAAGGACAAAAGCACGCGGUAUCUUGAACACGUGAACGCGCACGAGAUACGUCAGGUGCAGGCGCGCUCCCGUCAUCUGCACAUGGUUAGGCUGUUUGAGCGGCGUUUACAGUCCGUCUGAUCUUCAGUCAAACAACUGCACAUAUCUCUCUCCAGCGAUUUAAAUUCAUAAUUAUAUAUAAAUAAUAAUAUUGAUGAUGAUAAUAAUAAGGCGUUUGUUUACAGAGAUGAAGACAUCUGCAGUCAUGAUGGAGGAAAAGUCUGACCUCAGUCAUUUGGGAAUCUGAAAACUCCUCAUCACUUCUCUCCGUCACUUUCUAAGAACACACAAACAGGUUUUGUGAUAAGGUGAUAAAUCCCUAGGUCUCCCCUGGCAGUUCAACCCACGGUACCCACAGGACACGUCUCCGUCAUGGGGGAGAGGUUGGGCCGCCCCACGCCCCUCCUAUCCCGCGGACGCACCUUCGGAUGGGCCAGCAACAGCAUCAAGCUGAAAAGCUUUGGUCACAACGGGCACGACAUCAUGGGCCGGAGCUCGCGGGACAGCCUGGAGGAGGCAUCAGCGCCCGGCGCGUCUCUCACAGCGGCCAACUCUCCUGUUUCACUGGAACUGGAGCCCGUGGUGAAUAAUGGAUCAAGCGUGCCCGUCUCUCCAGGUGGAUACACAAAGGAGCCACCGGCGCACAGUAAGCUCGGCCAGUCACAUUCCUCCUCUGCUGCCUCCAUCUCCACCGCCCUCGUCCCCGGUGAGACGCCGCGCCCGCCACCCACCGCUCGCUUCCCACGCGGUCCCUACCAAACCAAGACUAGCAUGCAGGGGGAUGUGUACAACUUCCUAGAGAGACCCGCUGGCCUGAGGUGUUUCCUCUAUCACUUCUUGGUGUUCCUCAUGGUCCUCGUGUGCCUGAUAUUCAGCGUCCUGUCCACCAUCGAGCAGUAUGCUGAUUUUGCCAGCGGAUCUCUCUUCUGGAUGGAGAUCGUGCUGGUUUUGUUUUUCGGGUCAGAAUAUGUGGUCCGGCUGUGGUCGGCCGGCUGUCGGAGUAAAUAUGUGGGUGUAAAAGGACGUCUGCGUUUCAUCAGGAAGCCCAUCUCCAUCAUAGAUCUGAUAGUGGUGGUGGCGUCCGUUGUGGUUUUAAGCGUUGGAUCCAACGGGCAGGUCUUCGCCACAUCAGCGAUCAGAGGAAUCCGUUUCCUGCAGAUCUUGCGAAUGCUUCAUGUGGACCGUCAGGGUGGAACGUGGAGACUUCUGGGAUCCGUGGUCUUUAUUCAUCGGCAGGAGCUGAUCACCACGUUGUACAUCGGAUUCUUGGGCCUGAUCUUCUCCUCAUAUUUUGUGUAUCUGGCGGAGAAAGACGCCGUGGAUGAAGAGGGGAAAACAGGUUUUUCCAGCUACGCCGAUGCUCUUUGGUGGGGCGUGGUUACGGUGACUACAAUUGGCUACGGAGACAAAGUCCCUCAGACGUGGAUUGGAAAAGCCAUCGCCUCCUGCUUCAGUGUGUUUGCAAUAUCUUUCUUUGCUCUGCCUGCGGGGAUUCUGGGAUCCGGCUUUGCUCUUAAAGUUCAGCAGAAACAGAGACAGAAACAUUUUAACCGUCAGAUUCCUGCCGCCGCGUCUCUCAUACAGACACUGUGGAGAUGCUACGCCUGCGAGAAGCCGGACGGCUGCGCGGCCACGUGGAAGAUGUACGUGUUGACGGGCGACUACGUUCCCAUCAUAAGCUCUGAAAACUCCAGUCCUGGGAAUUUCAGACGGCUGAGCAAGCGAUACAAACGAAAACCCAAAUCCAUACGUGACAACGGUUCUCUGGGUCCCGUAGGAGAGAGAGCGCUCUCCAUCCCUCAGAUCACCUACGAGCACAUCGAUGACAAAGAUGCCGUCUUUUCAGAGGAGCCUGCAGGCAUCACUAAACUCUUCCGCUCAUCAGACCGGCAGCGCUCGUGGUCGGCUUUCACACUCACAUGUCCUGCUUCUCCAGUGAAGAAAAAGUUGGACGGCCCUAACAUCUCGCGACACAACAGCCUGGCGGAUGAUCUGGACUUCACCUGCGAUGACAUCGCUCUACCCGUAGUGACAGCCGCGUCACAUCUGCUGAGAAGUCCGUUUGUGGCAAAGGAGCGAGAGUCUGUGUCCACUCAGCACCUGAACUCAAGCAGACUUUCUCACGCACACAAAUCUGCCAUCAAGGUCAUCAGGAGGAUGCAGUACUUUGUGGCUCGACGGAAAUUUCAGCAAGCGAGGAAACCGUACGACGUGCGAGACGUGAUCGAGCAGUAUUCACAGGGGCAUCUCAACAUGAUGGUCCGCAUCAAAGAACUCCAGAGAAGGUUGGAUCACACGUUGGGGAAACCGGGAAUGUUCCUGCCAGAGAAAGGUGUGGAUAAAGAAUAUCACACAGUUGGAGCCCGACUGAUCCGUCUGGAAGAUAAGGUGAUUCAGGUGGACGUCAAACUGGAGAACAUUUUGAAAAUCCUGGUGGAACAUUACCAGCCCAAAGCAGAACGUCCACAGAAACCCAACCAGUACAGCUCCAGCGUGACCGUCAUGAAGCGACUGGGCGUCAGUAUGGACGAGAGCAAAUGAGAAUCACCAUAGACACUCGCAUGUGAUGACCGGGAGCCAAUCACACUGGGUGAUGUGGGAAACAUGGUCCAAUGAGAAGAACUUCAUGUCCUAGCUAUUACACGUCAUGUCUCAGGUCAAGAUCUGGUGAUGUGCGACAAGAUGACAGGAACUACAGGGUUUGACAUCAAUAAAGACAUUCUGGUACCUCUCAGGAUUUCUGGACCCUAUUCUUAUCAAAUCAUGUCUGAACUUUCACAACUCUUUCUAGAUUUCACUUUAUCCACGACUAGCUGGCACAACUCAUGAUUGAUUGAUGGAUCUCUCAUACUGUAAGGCUCAUUUUGGUUAAGUGCAGACAAAACAAAACUUGCAUACCCAGAAUGCGGCACAAAAUUACGAGAAUACGUGCUGUUGGAUUUAAACCCUCCAUUGAUGUAUGUGUGUGUGUGUGUGUGUGUGUGUGUGUGUGUGUGGUAGAGUUUAUCAAAACACUCCUGAUAGAUUCUGAUGAAGUUUUAACAAUGGACUCAUAGAGCGUUCCCACCAAAUGCGACUUGCACGAAUAAAUCACGCUAUUUCCGCGCAAUUGGACGUGUAAUUGGAGUUUACUCGAUUCAGUCGCGUGUGAAAUUCACUUCACAACAUACGUGAAUUCAGACUAGUCACUACUAGAGCAAGCUCCUGAUUGGUUAACGUGGCGCAAAUUUUUGCCAAAGUUCAGAUUUUUCAACUAGCGCGUUACUCGCGUCAAGCUCUAAAAAUGCUCAAUUUGCGCCGUAUCAUUUGCACGAUUGCGUCAUUCGCUUCACCGUAAUUUCCUAUCUUGUCUUUGCAUUGACUCUUAACAUGUAAAUGGCUCACCCUUAACACUUCAUUCGCUUUUGGUGGGAACACAUCAUGAGAAUGAAGUUAUUAAGUGCCAAGAUUCCCAACUGCAGAUCUGUCAGAAAUGUGCUACGAUAUCUUAUUUUUCUACAAAGCACCAGGGACCGGAUUAAAAGAAGAAAAUUAGCAAGCGAGAUGCAUCAGAUUAUUUUAUUUUUACGACAAAAAUUAAGAUGUUCCUAAGAAAAAUUUGAGAAUGUUUUAAGAAAUGUUUGAGAAUUGCACUUACAAACAUUCUUGCGAACUUCCUAUAAUUUGUCUAACGAACAUUUUCUUGAAUGCGGCCCCAGAUCUUAUAACAUGCGUUUGUUUCAUCAGAUUCUUGAUUUUCUCGCUCAAGGUGUGAUGAGAGAACGUAUGGAGAUACAAGGUUUCAGAAGGACACCACAGCAGCGAUAUAUAAAAGAUAUUGAAUUCAUAAGAACGAGCAUAAAUCAUGUAUUUAUUAUGAUAUGGCGUUUUUCACAUUAUAUUUUCUUCUUCUGUUGUUUUGAAAUGUGGGUUGUGUAUGAGGGGACCUGGAGAAACAGCGAGGGAAUGAUGUGCUCCUGCUGACAAUACUAUGUACAGUUUUAUAAAAAGCAGAAAGCAUAAAAAUUGUAGUUACGUCUUUUGUUUAUUUCCAUGUAGUGCUUAACGGUUUUAAGAAUCUCAUGGACUGUUAUAACGA